AUGCUGCAAACUUCAAUGAACACGACGGGCAAACUCAGCCACUUGGUGGGAGUACAACCUUUCAUGCCCGACACAGACCAGGUUGGUGAAAAGAAAGAGGAGAAUGACGAAGACGAGAAGAAGAUCCUAAAAGUCAACCCCAAAGGACUUCUGCCUGGAAAGUACCAUGUUGUUGGCCUCGUCAAUAUUGAGGGCAGUGAGCGUCCGGCAUUUUUGGAUGAGUGUACAGCUAUAGAUCUCGAAGAGAAUGCGGUCCCUCCUAUCCCGGUCUUCAUCCCUGAGGACGACGAAGCGUACUUUGCAUCUGAGCAACAGGAACAUGCAUGGCGAUCGUGUCUGCUCACGAUCUUCUUAAGUGCGCAGUGCGUGUUCUUCUGCCUGGAGGGACCGAGAUUCCCUCCUCACCUUCUUUCCAUCCUCCGAUCGCUGCAAUCAGCAAAGGCUGUGAUGAUAAAGCGGUUCAUGGUUGAGGCAGAAGAACAGCUCCCGGGCAACAGACAAAACACAGCGAGGCGGAAAAAAAGUGUCAACCCGAAGAUCUCGUCAAACUUGCUGCGACUCGAAAAGGCGCUCGAUGCCCAAAUCCGCCAGCUGCUCAUCAGCUCGGGCUGUCUCCUCAGACCGAGUUACAAGGCGCUCUUCGCUCUUUCGGCUGACAAGUGUCUUCACAUCUUGGAGGAUGAAAAUGUCCUUCUGGAGAGCAACAAGAAACGGAUGGAGGACAUACUGGACAUGUACAUGCAGAUCAGUGAGGAGGUUGCGGACGGGUCCUCCAAUCAGAAGAAUGAUGGGUGGGGAGACGAUCUCCCCUCCUCCUUCUCCUUCUCCUCCUUCCUCUCCGCUCAUCUGGAUUCCUCUAUCCCCAUCCUGUCCUUCAGUACUCAUCCUCCUCCAAAACUCAGAGUGACCCCAGUGGAUGGAGAGAUUUGGCGCUCAAACUAUGCGAGGAAGGCCAGGAAGGCUCUUGCCAGCACCACCUCCUCCACGGGCGGCGGGGAGGAGCAGGGGGCAGACAAGUUGGAGGAGGAGAGGGGGAACGUCAUGAUCGAAGAUGUCUCGAUGGAGUUGGCAGGUGGGCUAUGGGCGGAUCAAGAAGUUUCUGUCAGGUGCUGCAGGGAAGCAGCAAGGAAAGGCCUGUCGGAGUAUCUGCGAGGAGCCCCCAAGUUGUACAGGAAGGAGGAGCAUGAGAGGAGGAAGAAGCGAGCGAUAGCUGUCUUCAGCAGCCUUAGCAGGGGGCCAGCACGGCGGGAGCACCUGAGUUGCCUCCUGUCUCUGUGCGACCUGCAAUGGAAGGAGGAGAAACGUCAGUGCGAGCGAGUCUCCUUCAACUUUCUCCCCUGCCUUCACGCUGCCGCCUCCUGCUUACAGGAGGAUGGGUGUAGGAGUGGACUGACGUUCUCGAGCUUCUCGGGGUGCGGGAGGAGGAGAAAGGAGAGGGAGGACCCGUUCACCUUCCUUGCCUCGAAUCAUCGUUUCUACGAGCAGUGCGAGAAGGAGAUGGCGGAGGUUGGGAGGGAAUUCCUGUGCCUCCCAUUGAAAUGCAGGAGGAGCGAAGAGAGGAAGAUGGAGGAGGGGGAGGAGGGGGGGGAUGCGAGUGAGAGGAGGAGGAGGACUGCUGAGUUGAGGAAGGUCAGGAUGAAAGACGGUCGGCCGCUGCUGUGCUGCCGGCUGUACGUCCUCGGGCCGAGGGAGGCGUACAAGGAAGAAGAAGGGUUUCAACCUGAAGGCUGCGAAUCUCCUUGUUUCUUCCAGAAGAUCGCGCAGAAGGCAGAGGAGACGAGGGAUGGGGAAAUUCUCGCGUCCUCUAACUCCCAGGAGGAGGGCAGGGGUGAUGGAAAUGGUCGGAGCGCGGGGAAGGGUACAGGAAAGAAGAGUGCUUCAGGCGGAGGUGGGGGAGGAGGAGGAGGAGGUAUGGAGGACACGGACUGGCCGUCGUUGCCGCUGCUUGCAAACAUUCGGAAUUCGAGAUGGAGUGACAGGAGCAGGAGGUUUGCGGGGAGCGAGAAGGAGGAGGGAGCAAGUGACAAGGGAGGCGAGAAACAAGGAAACUCAAGGAGGAAGAGAACGACGAAUGCGCUUGAAGACGCUCUGUCCUCUGCGUUGGAAAAGAAGGCGCAGUCGUCACAUCAGAAGCAAGAUUGCCCUCACCACAAGGACGAUUGCCUGGUCGCCCUGGACUACGAGGCGAAACACUCGCGAUCUCUAUCCACUGACUUGUCUGUUGAGGUUUAA